ACAUUCCUUCUCUCUCAGGCACACGCCCUAUGACAAUGAAAAAAAAGGAGAGAGAGAGAGCUGGCUGGAGUGCGAAGUUAAAUCACGGAAAAGAUAUGUGUUGCUGCUUAAUCCAGCCCAGGACUGAAGAGGAGGAUCACUGAGAGAGAAGGAGAACACAAACUCAUUCGUCUUUUGUUCCCUGACAUAACGAUAUGGAGUCUGCAAUUAAGACAUUGGUGACCACUUUUAUCACUUCUGCCAAGGGUAAGGAAAACCUAGACGGCAAAUCAUUCCAGAAGAUGGUGAGGUCACAGCUCGGCUCCAUCAUGGAGGACACAGGCAGCACCUCUGCCGUUAAGGAGAUGCAGAAUGGACUGGACGAAAACAGCGAUGGGAAGGUCAGCUUCCAGGAAUACCUCACGCUGAUUGGCUACGUUGCCAACAGCCUCAGUCAGCGCCAGUGUGGAUCCCCCACGGACGCAUCGUAGAUGCUUGUGAAGCCGCUGUGUUCGAUGGAUUUGCAAAUGAUCCGCCUUUGCUCUCUCUUUUCUGCACCUUUUCCAUAUCUUUUCUCCAUUUGAAUGUUCCAGCAACCAUCCAGUAAACUUGUUCACAACAGUCCAUAAUCAUCUUAACUUACUUAAAUCUAAGUGAAUCUAAGUAAAUCUUAAGUUGUGUAACGCUCUGAACUUGAAUGUCUGUCCAAGUCUAUUUCUUCAGUUACAUCAUACUGAUCUCUUCUGUCAAGGAUACAUUGAAGGACUCUGAGCUAGACGUGUAAUUUUCAUACCAGUUACACACAGGAUUUCGACCAUAUUUUCAAAAAUAAAAGCUUUAUAUUAAAACCA